AUGUACAGCUUAUAUUCUCAAUUUAUGAAGAUAAGAGCUUUAUUUUUACACUAUAUUAUUCCAUAAGGAUAUAAAGGUGUAUCUACAAAGUCUUAAGAGUUGCUAAACAUUUUAUCUUUAAUUAAUUAUUUUAAUUUCUUGCUAUUAAUAGUUUAUGAAUUUAUGUAUUUGUCUACGAAAUAGUUGUAAAAAGAGUAAGCAUGUCUUAUAAAAAUAACAUUCCCAUCAUCGCUAGCGAACUAAUCAUAUGGAUUUAAACUAAUACCCAGCUGUUACACUUCACUUUCAUCAAAAACAAAAUUUUUAUGUAAUUCCCUAAUUUUUAGCUCGCUAGGAGUAUUUUGGUAUAAUAAUAAUUGA